GCAGAGGCGCGUCCUGGGUCCCCGCGGCAGCGCCGGUGCCAAGCGCUGGUUUGUGGAUACCCAGGCAGAUCUGCAGUGCCUAAUGCCAUGAGCGUGGUGGUACAGCAUGUGGAGGAGAAAGCUGUGCACUCCUGGUCACGCAUCUCCACAGCAGGGAAGAAGGCCCUGGAAGAGGCGCUGCUUGUCUUUAAUCCUAUGAGCCAGGAUCUUAAUGCCACAGAGGCCCAGCUUGUGGCCUUCCUGCAGGGUCUGCGAGAUGAUGGCUUCCAACCUACCAUUCUGCGCAGCGGUGAUGUCUAUGGCUAUAGUUCAUGCACAGCCAACCCCCCAAGCCAAACAAAGCUACAAGCUCGUGCUACCAACCCAGCUUCCACAUCACCUCCAGCCAGUGCUCCCCAGACUGCUGUGCAGCUACCUGCAGGCCGGGCCACAUUGCUCUCCAUGCCACUAUCUGGCAGACUGGCCAAAGGGUCCACACCAGCUCUUGCCAAACAUGAUACCACCAACCUGCUGCUGAGCUCCCUGAAGCAGUCAAGUGCCAGCCACACCAGUGGUACAACAGUGGGCUUCCCUGCCCACCUUUAUCCAGGUGUCUACCCUGCUAUGAGGCUCUCUGUUGUCCUUGAGGCCCUGGUUCCACUCAAGACUCACAUGCCCUGCUUGGGUGCUAAGCACAAGCCACAGUCACUGCAGCUCUCACUUGCAGACUCACCCCUGAAACUGCGGAAAGGUUCAGGGAAAGGUCCCGGGAACCCCCAGCUCAAAGCUCCCAGAAAAGCCACAAGCAAGGGCCCCAAGUGUCUGACUCCCAAAGUCCCUGGGGCUGGACUCCGACGAGGGACUGGACCCAAAAGCAAGACCUACAAAGCCACUGGGUCCCUCAGUGGCCUACAAAUAAAAGGGGACUCUGACCCAGGCACCAAAACAGCCAAGGCCAAGGCAGCUCGAACACUGACCAAAGCUGCCCAUGCCCAGGCCAAUGUCAUAGUGGCUCGAACACAGGCCAAGGCAGCACAGGCCAGGGGCAAGGUAGUGCGAGUCAUGGGCAAGGUGAAGACUAUGGUUGCACAGGCCAAGGCGAAAGCCAAGGCAGUGCAGGCUAAGGCCAAGGUGUCUUGGACCCAGCCCAGAGGCAGGGGCAGGCCAAAGGGAUCUGUUCAGGCCAGGACUGCAAGGAAUGGCCAGAAAAGCUGCUCUGAGAUUGUGGGGCAGAAGAGGAAAAAGGCUGAGGAAACAAAGGAUCUUCUUCCCAAGAAGAGAACACGGCUUGGGCCCCGAUCUAAGGUAUGGGUAGGGCCUGGAACAGCAAAGCUGCUAAAGUCCCGGGCCAUAAAGGUAGAUAGACAGUCCUCAGAUGAAGAGGUUCGGCAGUGGGCCCAGCGGAUCCUCCAUGUGAACCUGUCUCCUAUAAUAAGGCUCCAGCCAUUGCUGUCAUGCUCAGCAUCCUGAUUGCUUCAUACAGCAGUGUUUGGGAAAACAGCCCAGCUGUCUGUGUGGCCACUGGCAUGGUGUGCUGUGCCUGUGAACUCUGCAGCUUUUAAGACUGGGUACUUCUCCAGGGCCCUGGUGGCCUCCAGCCUCCUUUCAGAAAUGAGGAC